AUGACAAUCAACACGCAUUCCACCAUGCUUCUCGCAGCACUCGCCCUGGCCACCUCCUUCGCCUCGGCCCAAAUCGUUGAUCCUUCGAAUUCGGACAACUCAUCGACUGGAUCCGAUACUGUCGCAUCUUCAACUUCUUUCGACUCUGUACAUUCGGUUGCCAUGUCGCCGCAAACAACCAUUUCCUAUUCCUUUUGGGACAAUUUGGCCAGACACUGGACAGAGGCCGAUAGCACCAAACAGACCUUCAUGGCCAUCCUGCUCAUUCUCCAGCUCGUUGUUCUCUUUUCCUUCAUCAAACGAUCUCUCGACAAGAUGUUUGGUCGUCGCGCAGAGUACCGCAAUCAGCGUACAAAGCGUUUCGCUCGCAGAGCUGCCGUCGCCGCUGCCGGUGGUUCCUCCAAGAUGGCCAUCCCACUCAGCCACCAGCGCCCGCUUUAUCGUCCAGAUGUCAAGCCACAACUUCCGCCUCGACCUUGUCAAAAUCAUCCUCUUCGCUCGUCGCUGCCAUCUACCUCCCAAUCUUGCUUUCAGACCACCUCAACCGGCGACAUCGUCUUACCCUCCUGGACCGACGCCGGCCCCACUCCGCUGAGAGUCAUCAUCGAAGAGCCCGAGGACAACUUCUCUCGUAGCAGCUCCCCCCUGUCCUCUCGACCCCACUCGCCAGCCUUGUACCGUGACUCGCAGCGCUCGCCAGUCACGGCCGUCUUUCCAGACGCCUCCUCUCCACACCCGUGGUCCCACCCUUCCGCCUCUCAGAGAGACAGCACCUCGCUCAGGCUCAGGGAGCGCAACGACUAUUCCGUGCUCCCUUUCACCAUCGAUCGCUCUUCUACUCCAGACACUCGUCUUGAAGAGGUAAGGCGACCUUUCAGUCGGCCCUGCCACAACGACAACUACACCUUCAUCUCCUCUCAGCUUCCCUUCGCAGAUCCGCUCUCAGCACAAUCGUCCUCACCUGCCUAA